AUGACAGGGGGAUCUCUGUUAACGCAGGGGCUCGAGACUCUGGGCAAGUCAAAGGCUAUCCGUAACAAAUUGAGUGAAUUGUAUGCACGGGACGAUGAGCUACAAGCGGCGCACCAAAAGGCCAAGCGCGACGACGACUUUGGCGAAGAAGUGGUGGCCAAGUACAAGGCCUUCCUGUCUUGCCGUCAGCAACUGAUUGAAGAGUUGGAGAAGCAGAAGAUUCAAGUGCCGUGGCAGCUACGCAUGACCAUUGACGACCUCGAGCUGACGCUGAAGCAACGUCGUGAGAAGGAGGAGGGGAAGACCACCACCGGUCUGAAGACCAAGGAGAAGGAGAGUGGCACGAAGCUUCCCAAGCAGAACCAACUGCCAGCUGAAACAGCCCCAACUGCGCAGGCUGGACGAGUCACGGUGGCAUUUCUUGGCCCUACGCUUAUCGCACUUGUCAUUGCCAUGCUCUGGUACCACUACAACACCUAA